AUGACCAGCCAGCAGAGCGUACCCAACAUUGCCGCCGCGGCGGUGCUCCAGGCGUCCGAGGAGAUGCCUGCGGGCUCGGCCGAGGUCCGCGGCUACGACUUUGACGCUGGCGUCGACCUCGCCGCGCUCCUCGAGUCGUAUGCGACCAACUUUGGGCUCGCCGUCGAGGAGGUCCGGAGGAUGCUGGCGUGGCGCCUAAGUGACGAGGAGGCGCCUCCGCCGCCCGAGGGGAUCGUCGCCGGCUCGGAGGAGGACUCGGAGAUCCGCGACCCGGCCGAGCGGGCCAAGGUGCGGACCACCAUCUUCCUCGGCUGCACCUCCAACCUCAUCUCUGCGGGCACGCGAGAGUCGAUCCGGUACUUGCUGCAACACAAGCUAGUCUCGUGCCUGGUGACGACGGCAGGCGGCGUGGAGGAGGACCUGAUGAAGUGCCUCGCGCCGCACUACCUGGGCUCGCAGCGCGGCGUGGAGGGCUUCGCGCUCAAGGGCGCCGAGCUGCGGCAGAAGGGAAUCAACCGAAUCGGAAACUUGCUGGUGCCCAACCGCAACUACUGCUUGUUUGAGGAUUGGCUCACACCUCUGCUCGACACGCUGAUGGACGAGCAGGAGGCGAGCGGCGGCGCCACCUCGCCGAGCCGCAUGAUCUGGCGAAUGGGCGAGAAGAUCGACGACGCGUCCUCCAUCUGCUACUGGGCGAACCGCAACCGCAUCCCGAUCUUUUGCCCGGCGAUCACCGACGGCUCGAUCGGCGACAUGCUCUUCUUCCACUCGUACAAGCGGCCGGGCCUCGUCGUCGACCUCGUGCAAGACAUCCGCGCGAUCAACUCGAUGGCGCUGUGGAUGCUCAUCUGCGGCGGCGGCCUUGUCAAGCACCACAUCUGUAACGCCAACCUGAUGCGCAACGGCGCUGACUACGCCGUCUUCGUCAACACAGGGCAGGAGUUCGACGGCUCCGACUCGGGCGCCAAGCCCGACGAGGCGGUGCGGCCAGAGGCGACCCCUGUCAAGGUUUGCGCCGACGCGACUCUGCUGCUGCCGCUGCUCGUCGCGCAGACGUUUGCGCGCGAAAGAGGUGCUGAGGCGGCCGCCGCGGCCGCGCCGCCCUAG